UCACCGCGAUACUGUGUGCGUUUAUGUGCUUGUGGUAUACUGUAACUGCAAAAUGUGUUAUGCGUGGAGAAUGUGCGAUGGUCGGAGGUUUUGCGAAACUUUGUCCUGUUGACGAAGAAGCGCCGCCUGUGCUUGAUGCUGAUUCACUAACAGAUGAAACGAGAGUCGAAGUAUUAAACAUUAUAAAAUCGAGGUGUCCCGAGCUUUUAUACGACGAAGAUGGGAAGGAAAAGAAUGAGGCAGACAUUGUCUCAUGCUGCGAUGUUGUGCAAAUUAGGGAAAUGGAUAGAAACCUAUUAAUGGCAGAAGGUGUAAUCGGGCGAUGUCCGAUAUGUGUGAGAAACUUUGCCAGACAAGUCUGCGAAUUGAACUGUUCACCGAAUCAAUCGAAGUUUGCGACCGUCAGAGUGGAGUAUACCCCAGAUGGAACAGCGUUUGUCAAUGAAGUAAACUACACAGUGUAUGAAAAGUUCAUGAUAGAUGCUCAUGCUUCGUGCGCUGGAAUCAUUGUUCCACAGACUGGAAUGCCUGCUAUAAACCUUAUGUGUGGCAAUGCUCCUGUAUGUACACCUGAAGCUUGGCUCGGCUUUACAGGAGAUACGGAAACGAAUCCCUUAGCACCAGUUCAAGUUAAUUUCAUCAAAUCGCCUACACCGGAAAAUUCUAUGAACGCUCAUGCUCCACUGUGUAAUGAAACGUUGGAAGGUGAUUUACCGUGUAGUUGUGUAGAUUGCCAUGCUAACUGUCCCAUGAGCGAAAGACCCCAGGCUCCUGAUAUAUGUCAUGUGCUUUCUUUUAAUUGCAUAGGGUUUUCCGUGGGACUAGUUUUCUUUGCACUGAGCGUCAUCAUGUUUACAGUUCUCGCGUUUUUAGAAUGCAGACAACUAAAAACAUCUAGUAAAAUAGAAGAAAAAUAUGAAUUCAACAAUAUAAACAGAGUCACAAAAAUAUUUCAAAAAGUUUUUUCAGCGAUAGGUGUAUUUUCGGCUAGUAACCCUGUCUUAACUAUAAUGGUAACUACUUGGAUCGCUUUUGCCAUGUUGUUUGGUGUUGCGCAACUUAACUUAACUGCAAACCCAAUGGAACUUUGGUCUGGACCAGAAUCUCGGAGUCGCCAAGAAUUCAACUAUUUUAACUCAAGAUUUGGGCCAUUUUAUCGAGCUGCACAGGUUUUUUUAACCUUCAAAGGUCUAGACUCUUUUGUUGUUAACAAUGUAACAUAUGGACCUGCGUUCAGAGUAGAGGCAAUACAUGAACUUGUGGCCCUUGAAAAUGCAAUCAUUGAUAUUGGAAGGGAAGAUGAUACAGUGAAAUUAGAAAAUAUAUGUUAUGCACCACUCCGUGUACCAGGUGGUGAACAAAAAUUAAAUCAGUGUGUACAAAUGUCAGUUUCGACUUAUCUACCGGAUAGAAAAAUAAAUAAUGAUACAUAUCUUAGAAGUAUACAGGACUGUUUAAACAAUCACCUAGCGUUAAACUGUCUAGCUGAUUGGGGAGGUGGUGCCGAACCAGAAAUUUCUGUAGGAGGAUACGACGGCGACAAUAUACUUGAAGCGCAUACCUUACUGAUUAAUUUCCCUAUAAGAAACUUUUUAAGAGCUGAAGAUUUAGUACCGGUACUAGAGUGGGAACAAAAGUUUAUAAAUUUAAUGCAUGAAUAUGAAAAAAACAAUAAAUCAGAUUUUGUUGAUGUAGCUUUUGGAACCGAACGAUCUAUAGAAGAUGAAAUUCAGCGGAUUUCCGUAGCAGAAGCAUUACCUAUCACUAUAAGUUAUCUGCUUAUGUUUGUAUAUGUGAUCUUCGCAUUGGGUAACAUAAGAAGGUUUAAAACUUGUUUGAUUGACAGUAAAGUGACGGUAGCUAUAAGUUGUAUAAUAGUUGUACUUAUAUCUAUAUUUUGUGCUAUGGGUAUUUUGGGAUAUAUGGAUGGUACUGUAACUUUAUUAGCAAUUAAUGUCAUACCAUUUUUCAUUCUUUCCGUUGGUAUAGAUAACGUUUUCUUAAUGAUAAAUGAGAUGCAGGAAGUUGAAAUGAAUUUAGAGAAGUACGAAGAUUAUAAAGAUAACUUUAGUUUUGAGAAAAAGAAACGUUUCAUCUUUGGAAAAAUGAUGAACAAUAUAGGUCCCUCUAUGUUCGUGUCCUCGAUUACUCAAAUCACUUGCUUUGCUAUAGGAAGUAUAACCAACUUACCAGCGGUGAAAUCAUUUGCUAUAUUUGCUUCAUGUUCGUUAGUUUUUCUGUUUCUAUUUCAAAUCACAGCUGUAAUAGGUAUAUUAUCGAUUGACUAUAACCGAGUCAAAACAAAUAGGUUCGAUCUAAUUUGUUGUAUUCAGAAAAAAAUAUUAAACGAUGAAGAACCGCUCCAAGAUGGCAAAGCUUACCAAAGCAUAACCAAAAGACUUAUGGUACCUUAUUCUAAAUUUAUUUUAGACUGGCGUGUUAAAAUAACUGUUGCUAUUAUAUUUAUGUUUCUGGUAUCAGGUAGUGUAAUCAUUAUUCCGCAAAUCGAAGUGGGCUUAGACCAAGAAAUGGCGUUGCCGCCUGAUUCGUACGUUUAUAAAUACUUGACGUCUGUAAACCAAUUAAUGCGACUUGGACCUCCAGUUUACUUUGUUCUCAAAGAUGGCUUAAACUUUACAAAUCCUGAUCAUCAAAACGUAAUUUGUGGCAGUCGACUAUGUAAUGAUGAUUCUCUUGUUACACAGUUGUUUUUAGCAUCCCGGCACAGCGAUGCAACUUACAUAGCAAGGAGCUCGAAUUCCUGGAUAGAUGACUUCUUCGAUUGGGCUAGUUUACCUAACGCUUGUUGUAAAUAUAACACUACUGAUGGUGGUUUCUGUGCUAGUAUGGAUAAUUCUCCAGAAUGCAGUUUUUGUACAAUCGAAAGAUCAGAAUUAGCAAAUGGAUUAAGACCAGCUGGGUCUGCUUUUAGAAACUAUGUACCAUUUUUCUUGCAGGAUACACCGACUGCUGUGUGUAGUAGAGGUGGUCUCGGUAGUUACUUUAGUAAUGUUAACUUUUUACUCGACUCAGAGGGCACAGCUACAGUACAAGAUACAAAUUUUAUGACCUAUCAUACUACUUUAGCAACUUCACAGGACUUUAUUGCGGCUUUAUCAAAUGCUUAUGACAUCAGUGCGGAUAUAACAACAGCUAUACAGAAGCACACUAACUUGGACGUGGAAGUAUUUCCGUAUUCUGUUUUCUAUGUGUUUUUCGAACAGUAUUUAAGUAUGUGGGGCGAUACUUUCGCAUCACUUGGCUAUUGUCUUGUUGGUGUUCUAGCUAUAAAUUUGUUAGUUACAGGGUUCAACUUUUUGAUAACGUCUGCAUUGGUGAUCACUGUUAUUAUGGUAGUAGUUGAGAUGAUGGGGGUGAUGUAUUUGUGGAAUAUACCAUUAAAUCCUGUCUCGUGUAUUAAUUUGAUUGUCUCCAUAGGUAUUUCGGUGGAAUUCUGCAGUCAUAUUGCCUACGCUUAUGCUACAAGCGUUUGUGAACCGAGUGAAAAAGUUCGCGAUGCCAUUAGAAAUGUAGGAAGCACUAUUAUCACAGGAAUUACUCUUACUAAUAUACCAAUUAUCGUAUUAUACUUUUCGUAUACACAAAUUAUUGAAGUGUUCUUUUUCAGAAUGCUCUUUAGUUUAGUUAUUUUAGGGUUCAUACAUGGUAUGAUAUUUUUCCCUGUGCUGUUAAGUUAUAUGAAUGAUUUAAAAUAUAGAUAAUCUAAUAUAAGACAAAAUUAGUCAUGCAGAAUGCAGCCAACUCACAAAGAGCUAAUUUC